AGUUAUGGGCGAGUAUACUCUUGGCAUCGCUACUGGAUUUGCCUUAGGUGUGGUAGCUGCUUUUUUCACAAAACGCCUGCCAGCAUUAAAUUUUAAAGGCGUCCCUGUUGUGGGCACUAAACGGGAAGGGUAUGGUAAUGUGAAGAUGGUACUCGUGGUGAGGAAUGACCUGGGAAUGAGGAAAGGAAAGAUAGCCGCUCAGUGCGCUCAUGCCGUCCUCGGCUGCUACAAAUCUGCUUCUUCUUCUUGUCCUGAUAUAUUGAACGAGUGGGAAGAAUCCGGUCAACCGAAAAUAGUACUGCAAUUGGACGGCAAAGGAGAGGAAACACUCAUAGCUCUAAGAAACAAAGCUAAAGCUGCCAAUCUCGUAGCUAAUGUUAUUCGAGAUGCCGGGAGGACCCAAGUUGCCAGAUAUUCUGCGACAGUUCUAGGAAUAGGACCUGCUCCUGCGGAAAUGAUAGAUCCUCUUGUCAAACAUUUGAAACUGUUGUAAAAAUAGGCUGUUAUUAUUUGUAUAUAAUCGUUAAAUUAUUAAAAUAAAUAAAUAUAUACAUUGUCAUAAGAGCUCUUAAGAUUU